CCUCCGUGCCCUGAUAUUUACCCUUCAUUAUUACGUGCCCAGCCUGGGCCUGGCGGGGGGCGGCCCCCCACCCGGCACUGUGUGUGUGUCUCCCUCCCCCUGCCCACGGUGCUGACCCCGGGUGGGCGGGGCUGGUUAGCCUCCCCUGGGUCCUCCGCCCCCGCCCCGGGCGAGCGGCCGCACCAGACCCUGACCUGGGGAGGCUGACCCCCAGGCAGGAAAGCCCAGACCCUCCCCUACAUAAUGGUGGCUAGAGGGCGGCCAGCCGGUCAGCCACCUCUGGCAAACAUGCACCAUGGAGGACUGGGAGGAGUACUUUACCCAGAACCCAGCGCCGCGUGGCCACAAUGAUAACUGCACCCAGCUGGAGUCCUUCUGCCAGCACCAUGUUGGACGCCACCCCAUCGCCCUGGUCACCUCUGGAGGCACCACUGUACCCCUCGAGCGCAACACUGUCAGGUUUGUGGACAACUUCAGCGCCGGAACGCGCGGUGCAGCCUCCACGGAGUACUUCCUGGCCCAGGGCUAUGCGGUGAUCUUCAUCCACCGUGACAAGUCUGUGAUGCCCUACCUGCGCCACCUCAACCCCAGGUUCCUGCUGGAGGCCCUGCAGGAGGGGGCCGGUGGGGUGCUGCACCUCUCCCCGGCACACUCCAGCCAGGUCCACCCUAUCUGGCACGAGUACCAGCGCAUCAAGACAGAGGGGCGGCUGCUGUGGCUGACCUUCACCUCCCUCAGCGACUACCUCUGGCUGCUGCGCGCUGCCACCGUCUGCCUCCAGCGCCGCGCCCCCAAGGCUCUGCUCUACCUGGCCGCUGCAGUAUCAGAUUUCUACAUCCCUCAAGACGAAAUCUCGGAGCACAAAAUCCAGUCCGACUCGGGGCCGCUGACCGUUCAACUCCAGCUGGUGCCCAAGAUGCUUCGUCCGCUGGUGUCAGUGUGGGGGCCGGAGCUGUACGUCGUGUCCUUCAAGCUCGAAACGGACGAGAAGAAGCUGAUCGAGAAGGCGGCCGCUGCUCUGCGUAAAUACAAGCAUGAUCUUGUAAUCGGGAACCUGCUGCAGACGCGACGGGAGGAGGUGACGCUGGUGACGGAGCGCGAGAGCAGCCUCCUGCGCCUCACCGAACACCAGAAGGCCGAGCGCAUUGAGAUCGAGAAGCUCAUCGUCGACGAAGUUUGCGGCCGACAUCGAAACUUUAUUAAAUAUUGAGCGUUGAGGCUACGUACGUAAGUGUGAGAGAGAGAGAGAGAGAGAGAGAGAGCAUCGUAAGCCCGUAUUCCUAAACAUAUCGGCAAAUCAGUUCGCCUGUUCGAAAGGCCUCUCAUACGUAGAAGUUUCCGGUGUUUUUCAUGGGCUGUUUUGUGAUUGUUUUGUGAUAGUUUGACAUGACCUCUGCAUCAACUCCAAAGGGAAACUCACCACCACCACCCAUGAGAACCCGGUCAAUCUUCUCCGUCUGUGGCCUUGGGAAACAGCCGUGAUGGAAGCCUGAUAUGUUUAAGAAUGUAAGCUUAAUUAUUGAGUGUGUGGGUGUGAGAGAGAGAGAGAGAGAGAGAGAGGUCCUCGUUCGCUUGUUCGCUUACUCGCCACAUGAGCACAAAAGAUUAGGAAUGCAUCUUUUUUAUAUGGUUACUAAGAUAGAUUACCCUUAGCAUUAGUCAUUAUCAUUAUUAUCAUUAUUAUUAUUAUCAUUGUAGUUACCACGCUCAGCUCACAACAGACAGGAACAGUGUGGUGUGUGAGGGCGCUUGUGUGCUCUUAGAAGCUGUGGAGAAAGUGGGAAUUCUAGAAAGGGGAAGGGAAGGAAUGGGAAUGAAAGAGAAGGGAAGGAGAGAGGAAGAGAGGAGAAGGAAAGGCAAGGAAUGGGAAAGGAAAGAUAAGGGAAGGGAUGGAAUGGGAAUGGAAGGGAAGGAGAGGAGGAGAGGAGAAAGAAAGGAAAGAGAAGGGAAGGGAAGGAGUGGGUUUGAAAGAAAAGGAAGAGAGGAGAACGAAAGGGAAGGGAAGGAGAGAGGAAAAGAGGAGAAAGAAAGGGAAGGAAAGAAAAGGAAGAGAGGAGAACGAAAGGGAAGGGAAAGGAAGAGAAGGGUAGCGACAUCACCCCGAGAAAACACCAGAUUGGGCAUGUGUGUUAUUGUGGUAUGACACGCAGGUCCCUCUUCCUCCCCUUCAGUAUAAAUAUAACCACGCCCGGCCUCCACCUGCCAGGCAUUCAAUUCACACAAGAGUUGCUGGCCGUGGUGAAGUCCCGCACCGCUGCCCGUGACCUGUUACCCGUGCACGCGUCACCGGGGUAGUUGGGGACUUCAUCCUCAUGCAAUGGUUUAGUCUAUGCAAGUUUUCUCAUUCACGUUCACUUCCAUUCUUGUUUUGUUGCUUAUUCAUCCCUUCCUCGCCCUUCCCUGCGUGGUGUCCUUCCCUUCCCGUGGGUAGCGAGUGUCUGCUGUGGCUGAGUUUUCGUACUACACGCUCAGCACUUCCAAAGUCUAUAUUUAUGGCUUCCCUCAGCAAGCUUUUAGGAAGAGUUUUCGCAGAAAUCAUAGUGUGCUAUUCGUCUAAACAGUAGUCAGAGGGCUGAAUGGAUUUGUGUGAGAUGAAUGUACGCAAAAUUUAAUACCAAUGUGAAGGAUUUCCCUGGACAGCGGCGAGAGUUAUGACCAGACAGAUCUGAUAAUUAUUGUGUCCACUCAGCCCUAAGGGAGUGUGCGUGCAGCCAUGUUGACAAGAGAAAGCUGUGAAUGACAAUCACAUAAUGUUGGCGGGGAAGGAGGGAGGGCGUAGGAGCAGUAUACGUAGGCUUAUUAUUACAUUGUGCUAGCCAGAACCUAACUAGAUGGACUCAGCUUAAGCUAGAACACAAACCGCCACCUGCAGGACUUUCCCUUCCCCGAGCACACAGGCCUGGUGGUGGUGCCGGUACGCCUUGGUUGGCGGCCAGGGCUCGGCACUCACCUUGUUUCAUGUUUUACCCUUAGUUGUAUGUCGUCCCAGCGCUGCGUUCACCUCACCCUCACACCCAAAGACGUUAAGAAAGCCUGCACACCCUGAUGGUACUUUAUAAGCCACUUAACGGUAUCCCAGACUUAGGGAAUCGCACUUAAUAUAGAAAUCAGACCUAUAAAGUAUUAGCCAAAGAGAGUUUCUCAUGCAUUCUUCAUCAGGAAACUUACUUCAUUCAUCAUCAACUGACAACAUGAGAGAUUUGAAGCCAGUAAAUGGUAGCAAGAAUGGCAUUACAGUAAACCCUCAUUCUGAUUGACAGACUGAGGGAAGAGUUGACAAUCCAGCUGACCUUGUCUUAUCCAAUGUGGAGAGGUCACAAAGCAGGGUCAUGUACGUUUGGUCAUAGCCAGUGUUGAGGCUAUAGCAGGGUACCUAACCUAACAGUGGGGCGGGGCCUGAAACCUCAUCAAUGGUAAACGGUAACCCUAAGCUAACCUAACCUAACAUUAGAAUUAGCGUCUUUACCUCAUGUUGACUGAAACUCCACAUGGCUGGCCGAGUCUUUGUACCACAGGGUGAGUCUUUGGGUCUGAGGGUGAGGGAGAACACAGCACCACGGGGGAGCGAACACUCGUAUGACACAAGUCCAUUAGUGUCCGGCUUCACGAUCAGAUACACAUAUUUUUUUAACGGAAGGAAAUUUGUCUUUUUUUAUUGAAUACGAACAGUUACAAGUAUAAGUUUUGAGCACAGUGAGGAUAACAGUUUAAUAAUACACUAUACUUGGUCUCUGUAUCGUACCCUCGAGUAUUUGAAGCUCGGUUGACGUCGCUUAAACAUACAUUGGGACAGACUUGAUAAUUGGUAGAGACGUCAACCACAUUCCAAGCACGAUUCAGGUUCACGGACUAGAAUAUGCCGCCAGUACUUACCAUCGACAACAACAGCUGCCGGCAAAUACUAAAGUCGGUCUUCUUAAACGUAUCAGCUUUCGGUUCAGCCAUUUCUGAAGCCUCUUUUGGAAGGUACAGGGAUUUUCAUGGACUGUUUUGCGAGCCUAGUGACAGUUGUACAUGGCCUCUGCUCCUUGAAUGGGAAAAAUAACCCUUGAAAACCUGGUUAAUCUUCUUUGAGGCCUCGGGAAACAGUCGUAAUAGGAGCCCAAGAUGCCUGUUUGAAAAGCCUCUUGUGGAAGGUACAGGGAUUUUCAUGGACUGUUUUGCGAGCCUAGUGACAGUUGUACAUGGCCUCUGCUCCUUGAAUGGGAAAAAUAACCCUUGAAAACCCGGUUAGUCAUCUCUGAGGCCUUGGGAAAUAGUCGUAAUAGGAGCCCAAGAUGCCUGUUUGAAAAGCCUCUUGUGGAAGGUACAGGGAUUUUCAUGGACUGUUUUGUGAGGCUAGUGACAGUUGUACAUGGCCUCUGCUCCUUGAAUGGGAAAAAUAACCCUUGAAAACCCGGUUAAUCAUCUUUGAGGCUUUGGGAAGUUGUCGAAAUGGGAGCUCAAAACGCCUCUCUUGGAAGUUGCUGGGAUUUUCAUGGACUGUUAUGCAAGGCUAGUAACAGUUCUACAUAGCCUCUGCUCCUUAACCGGGAAACUCGCCCAUGAGAACCCGGUUAAUCUUCUCUGAGGCCUUGGGAAACGGUCGUGAUGGGAGACUGUUACGUUUAAGAAUACCGACCUAUCUUUUUUCCGAGACAUAGACCAAAUUAACAUCAGAAAAAUCCUCAUUUGCCUGUCUGUCCCUCUCAAUGAUUAACCUCUUUUUGUAGUUCCUCGUAAUUUUAACUCCAUACCCUUAAGUCCGUAGUUUAUUUAUUGCAUGACGUUAUGAUUUUUGUACACACUCCUUGAAAAAGCAGCGUCUGUUAAUUACCCGUAAGUAAGUAAGUAAGGUCAGAUGUAAUGUAUAUACACCUUUAGCGUUAAGACCCGUCGUGACCAAGAUAUCCUUUAUUCCUCGUAGCUUCUUUUCCCACGAUUCCUGCGCUUCGUACCGCGUGGCGUGCGUCCCUGGAGGGUGUGCAAGGCUCCAGAGAUUUAGAGACAGAUUCACAGUUCAUUUCAGUGUCCCAGUAUGUCCCCAAACAAAGCUAUUAUGGUUAACUGUUCUACCAAAUACUAAAACGAUUCCCUGUAUAGCGUUUUCAAAUUUCUUAGGGUGUGCGAGGCUGCGUUUCAACACCUUCCGAGACUCAGGGACAGAUUCAUAGUCCAUUGCAGUGUCCCAGUAUGUCCCCAAACAAAGCUAUUAUGGUUAACUGUUCUACCAAAUACUAAAACAAUUCCCUGUAUAGCAUUUUCAAAUUUCUUAGGGUGUGCAAGGCUGCGUUUCAACACCCUCCGAGACUCAGGGACAGAUUCACAGUCCAUUACAGUGUCCCAGUAUGUCCCCAAACAAAGCUAUAUUCAUGGUUAACUGAUCUACCAAAUACUAAAACGAUUCCCUGUAUAGCGUUCUCAAAUUUCUUAGGGUGUGCAAGGCUGCGUUUCAACACCUUCCGAGACUCAGGGACAGAUUCAUAGUCCAUUGCAGUGUCCCAGUAUGUCCCCAAACAAAGCUAUAUUCAUGGUUAACUGUUCUACCAAAUACUAAAACAAUUCCCUGUAUAGCAUUCUCAAAUUUCUUUGGGUGUGCGAGGCUGCGUUCCAACACCUUCCGAGACUCAGGGACAGAUUCACAGUCCAUUGCAGUGUCCCAGUAUGUCCCCAAACAAAGCUAUAUUCAUGGUUAACUGAUCUACCAAAUACUGAAGUGAUUCCCUGUAUAGCAUUCUCAAAUUUCUUAGGGUGUGCGAGGCUGCGUUCCAACACCUUCCGAGACUCAGGGACAGAUUCAUAGUCCAUUGCAGUGUCCCAGUAAGCCCCUAAACCGCUAUGUUCUUACGGUAAACUGUUCUACCAAAUACUAAAGCGAGUCCCUGUACAGUGGUCUCAAAUUUCUUAGCUCUUAAUGAACAUCAAACCCUAUCUAUAUAUACAAGAAACUUUCAUCAUCUUUAGCACUUGGAUUCGAAGCUCACAAACCCGCUAUGUCUAAUCUAUCCCUAAGUUAAUCUGUACGGUCCUCACCAGAGCCAUGAGGGAGUCUUGAAUCACCUUCCCGGGCUUGCCUCCACCACCAGGGACGCACCAGCACACAACAACAAGCAUCAUGCAGUGUUAUAACCAUUUCCGGGGCUGUCCACUCCACUAGAAUGUUAGCAAUAGAAACACAGCCUGGCACCAGCGGGCAAUAGAAGACUAAGGUUCCCUCGGGCGCCUGGUCCUGGGCACAGAUUCUCAGACGUUUCAACACCUUUGUACAUCUAUUUAAAAAGGCUCUUGUGGAAGUAAUAGGGAUUUUCAUGAGCCUGGUGGAAGGUUAGUAAGGCUUGUACACCUUGAACAAGAAAACCACUCAUGAUAUCUUGUCUAACCUUCCCCAUGAUCUUCAAAAAUAGCAGUUUCAUGAGCCUGGUGGAAGGUUAGCAAGGCAUGUACACCUUCAACAAGAAAACCACUCAUGAUAUCUUGUCUAACCUUCCCCAUGGUCUUCAAAAAUAGCAGUUUCAUGAGCCUGGUGGAAGGUUAGCAAGGCUUGUACACCUUCAACAAGAAAACCACUCAUGAUAUCUUGUCUAACCUUCCCCAUGGUCUUCAAAAAUAGCAGUUUCAUGAGCCUGGUGGAAGGUUAGUAAGGCUUGUACACCAUGAAUGAGAAAACCACUCAUGAUGUCUUGUCUUAUCUUCUCCAUGGUCUUCAAAAAUAGCAGUUUCAUGAGCCUGGUGGAAGGUUAGCAAGGCUUGUACACCUUCAACAAGAAAACCACUCAUGAUAACUUGUCUAACCUUCCCCAUGGCCUUCAAAAAUAGCAGUUUCAUGAGCCUGGUGGAAGGUUAGUAAGGCUUGUACACCUUCAACAAGAAAACCACUCAUGAUAACUUGUCUAACCUUCCCCAUGGUCUUCAAAAACAGCCAUAACGAGAACCGGAAGUGUUUGAGAAUGCAAGCCCUGGCAUGCGUGCUGGUGCAGUCACGGCCAUCUCGAGCAGUGGCGAGAAGCGGCCGUGAUGCGACUCAGUGGGCGGGAAGAGCAGCAUUAGAUCCUCUCUCUGUCCUUCUUUGGGGUUUCAUAUAGUUAAGCUUUGUGGCGUCCUCACUCGAUUAGCUCCUAGCGGUAACCCUUGUAGCAGCCAAAGCAGCAAUAGUAGGCAGUGAUAGUAUGUGCUCAAAUGGUGCCUUUUUUAUGUUACCAGAAGGAUAUUUUAAUGCACAAGCUUCGACUUUAUUAUUUACGCUGCCAACACUUUUAUUAACUCAUAUAUAGUUCUUCUGCUGCAGUCUGCUUCAUGGAGCCACUCUGCAGCAGCGAUGACUUCUUGGCCACCUUGAUAAUACAUGUGAUAAUAUACUAUACAUAAAUCCUGCCUUAGAUAUUGGAGCGUUAAGUGUCAGUCAGUCAGUCAGGUUCAGCAUGUGUGUGUGUGUGUGUGUGUGUGUGUGUGUGUGUGUCAGCGUGUCACAGCUUCUUCGUUCGGCAUUCGGUUCAUGUGUGAGGUCGACGGCGAGGGUUCAUUCCAGUACGGGUCGCUCUCGCACUUUUGUUUGGGGGUUACGAUGGCGUGUGUUUGUGGAAGAUUCGGACAUGUGUGUGUGUGUGUGGAGAAAAUGAUCCCUUCCACUUAAUAUAAACUAAACUAAACUAAAUUUCUUACAGAGGUAUUUUGGACUUCCAGUGAUGUUUUAUUUGUAAGAGCUGGAUGUUUGUCUGGAGAAAAUGAUCCCUUGAACUAAACUAAACUAAAUUCCUUGGCCAAAACACUUUACAUAGGCGUUCAAAAUUAUGUGUUUUUUGGAAGAUUCGGACGUGUGUGUGUGUGAAGAAAAUUAUCCCUUGAACUUAACGUAAACUUAACUAAACUAAAUUCCUUGCCCAAUACACUUUACAUUGGAGUUUGGGAGGUUGAAAUGAUGUGUUUUUGGAAAGAUUCGGACGUGUGUGUGUGUGUGUGUGUGGAGAAAAAAAAAUCCCUUGAAACUUAACAUAAACUAAACUAAAUUCCUUGCCCAAUACACUUUACAUAGGAGUUUGGGAGGUUGAAAUGAUGUGUUUUUGGAAGAUUGUGAUGUGUGUGUGUGUGGAGAAACAACAAUCACUGGUUCUUGCUCACAUAAUAUUGACAAUUAUUGGGAAUGUUUUUGGGAUCAUAAUUCAUUUUGUAAAGUCACUGUAUAUUUCCGUAUCUCAAGAAUCAAAUCAUUUUCUAAAGCCUCUGUAUUUCCGUGUUUCAACAAUCAAAUCACAGCACAGUCUUGCUUACACGGUUGACAAUAAUUGGGAGUGUUUUGGCUUUAUAAUUCAUUUUGUAAAGUCACUGUAUAUUUCCGUAUCUCAAGAAUCAAAUCAUUUUCUAAAGCCUCUGUAUUUCCGUGUUUCAACAAUCAAAUCACAGCACAGUCUUGCUUACACGGUCGACAAUAAUUGGGAGUGUUUUGGCUUUGUAAUUCAUUUUGUAAAGUCACUGUAUAUUUCUGUAUCUCAAGAAUCAAAUCAUUUUCUAAAUUCUCUGUAUUUCCGUAUUUCAACAAUCAAAUCACAGCACAGUCUUGCUUACACGGUCGACAAUAAUUGGGAGUGUUUUAGCUUUGUAAUUCAUUUUGUAAAGUCACUGUAUAUUUCCGUAUCUCAAGAAUCAAAUCAUUUUCUAAAGCCUAUUUCUAUUUCCGUAUGUAAACAAUCAAAUCAUAGCACAGUCUUGCUUACACGGUCGACAAUAAUUGGGAGUGUUUUCGUAUCAUAAUCCAUUUCCUAUAACCUCUGUAGCCUAUAUUUUUAAACAUAUCGGUGCUUCAGUUCGCCUAUUCAAAAAGCCUCUCAUAGAAGUUGCUUGGGGAUUUUCAUGGACUGUUUCGUGAUCCUAGAGAUGCAUAGUUUUACACGGCCUCUGAAUAUCACCCCCAUGAAAAACCCGGCUAAUCUUCUCUGUGGCCUUGAGAAAUGGGCGUACUGGGAGCCUUGCCGAUACGUGUUUAAGAGUACGUACCGCCGUGUAUGUCAAGAAUCAAAUACGUGCACAGUCUAGCUUUCGUGGCCGAUCGUAACAGCUAGGAGAGUAUGCAACGGUUCUUCAGCUUCGAGAGUGUGUAGUAGAGAGCUUCCCAGACAUUAGCGUUGUAGCAAUGCAGGACACCUAACAAUGUUUUAAGGUUAGUCUAGGUCCCCCUCCACAGCAUGCCGACCCAUCUAGUGUAUUACGUGUUAGUACCACUGUUAUUAUUAUUACUAUUAUUAUUAUUAUUACUAUUAUUAUUAUUAUUAUUAUUAUUAUUAUUAUUAUUUACUCUGACAGUUGGAUGAGUCUCAGAUUGUGUCGAAGUCUUAGGUUAGAGUCCUACGGCAUUCCAGUGGAUGUGUCGUUAGUGGUGCCGGGGGAAGGUGUGUGUGUGUGUGCGUGUGCGUGGUGUCGUGUCUCGCCCUCCCUGUGUGCCCGAAGCAAUCGUCUUUUUGGGUUUAUUUAUUUCGGUUGACCCUCAGUUUCGCACUUAUUUAUUUUAUUUUUUUGUUUGUUUACCUUUUCUCAUAGUAACACGUCCUGGAGGUGUCUUUGCACUCGCUAACAAUAUAAGAAAGAAAAUGCCACACCAGUUCCAUGUCAAUAAAUCCCUUUGAAAUAUUACCUCCAUGAGCGCUCUUUGUUGUUGUUUUCCUAAUAUUGCACUCGAGUUAACUUCUCCAUUCCCUUAAAAAAAAUGUCCCACUAGUCCAAAAUCAUUAAUCCCAUUGAAAUAAUAACAACACCUUUCUUUAUUAUGUCUUUGGUACCUGUCCUGUGUUGAAUAGAGGCUCCACCGUAUUGGUCAUAUAUUUCUGAAGAUUAAGUAUUUGGCCGUUCAGGUGCCCAGUCACUUAAGCCCCGACUCUAGACCAUGACAACACAGUGACUCAAGGUACACGAGGUCUUGGGUGUGAAAUGUUGAUGUGAAAGGGUCGCACAUGGUCGGAAAAAGGUCUAGAAACGAUCGCCGGAAGCUGAGUCAGCACAGUGUGAGGGGGGAGGGGGGGGGUAAAGUCACUGGGUUGUCGUGGCCCAGCGUCGGCACAGUGUGAAGGGGCCUCUAGGGAUGAGCUCCACCAGUGUAUUUGAUCAAGUUCCUUUCAUAUACUUAACAUCAUAAAAUUAGCCUUUCCUUCAGUAUUGACCGUGCAAAGUUCGAUACUCCAGUGAAAUCUGUUUUUUAACCUUUUCAGUCGAACAAACUCACUAAUAUUUUGUACAAGUCAGUCAUACAGAAGCCUAUUUAUGUCAGGUUCUAAACUUACUGAACAAACUCCUUCAUAUUUUGUAGAGGUCAACCUUAUGGAAUUUUAUUUAUAUGAUGCAGGGUGUAUUUUAAGGUCAUGUUGAGGUCACUUACUCCCUGUUAAACUGCUGCUGUCAUGAAGGUUAUUCUGGUUUUCCUUUUUCUCCUUUUUUCUUCCAGUGAAAUCUGUUUAGUAACCUUUUCAGUCAGAGUUUUGGUCAUACGAGUGGAGCCUUACCCUUGUGUCAUCCUCAGUUUGCAGAUUUCAUUAUAAUUCAGAUGCAGACAUUACCAUCAUUUUUUCUUGUAUGUUCCCGUUGGUGCUUCAAGCCACAGGGAGGGAGGGAGCGAGCGCCGACCUGUCAUUCAGUAUAUUUAAGUUUCACCUUGUUUGUACGCUUCCAUUCUUCCUUCCACCCAGCAUCCUCUGACCUCUGGGUGGACACGGUAAUGAUUCAAGCUUCAUUCUUUUAAGCCCGUAUUCUUAAACAUAUGGACGCUUCACAUCACCCAUUUGAAACGCCUCUCGUGGAAGUUGCUGGGAUUUUCAUGGACUGUUUUGUGAUGCUAGUGAUAGUUUUACACAGCCUCUGCACCUUGGACGGGAAAAUCACCCAACCCCCACCUCCCCAUGAAAACCCGGUUAACCUUCUCUGUGGCCUUCGGAAAUAGGUCGGUAUUAUAAGACACUUUGGUUUCUCAUAUCAGCUGUUUCUUAAGGCCAAAGAGGGGGUCAGUCAGGUUCUAAUGAGUGUUUCUUUAGGUUCACGGUACAGAGGAAGGGUCAAAUUACCACCAGGGUCAUAAAACUACUACUGGAAAUGCCCACAACUCCUACGAAAGCCUUGUCAAGUAUGUGUUCUUGGGCGGCGAAAUGUCUUGUAAUACGCCCAAUAGUCGUUGUGGGAGCCAGAUGUGUUUAAGACCACGGACCUCAUUCCCAAGCCUUGAGGCACCCCCACUUCCUUGUUGACAUAGAAUGGAACCGAGACAAUAGUGAUCAUACUCUAAUGCACUCUAGAGGAACAUGUAUAUAUCUUCCAUGGAGUGAGAGCGUGGCGUCAUGUGCUGUUCUGUCAGUGGUGGGCGAGGGGUUGGCCUGACAGCCCCUCAGUUGGCCCUCUAUGAAUGCUAAAUUGAUGUCAGGACUUAGCGUACCAGUGCUGGCUGGGAGGGAGGAAGGGAGGUCAGCCGCACCCCUCGCCCAGUGACUGUGAUGUGUUGGCUUGUCAGUAUUAGUUGCAUGGUGUAUCAGUAUUACUUGUGAAUGUCUGGAGCUUUGGUUAGCGGAGCACUCUCGCCUGAAGGUCCUCCUCUCGGCCGCCCAGACCCAACCCAACCCCCCGGCAAGUGCCUCCUCGAUGGGUCAAGAUACAUCAGGAAUUUUAAAGACUAGUGUUGAGGUCACUUACUUCCUGUUCAGUUACCAAUGUCGUGAAGGUUAUCCCAUUUAAAUUACUUGGCUUGUGAAUUUAGUCAAACUCACUAAUAUUUUGUACAAGUCAGUCAUACAGAAGCCUAUUUUUGUUAGGUUCUAAACUUACUGAACAAACUCAUUCAUAUUUUGUAAAGGUCAACCCUAUGGAAUCUUAUUUAUAUGAUGCAGGGUGUGUUUUGGUCAUGUUGAGGUCAGUUAAUUUCUGUUCAUCUACUGCCAUCAGGAAGAUUAUCCCAUCUAAAUUACUCUUCUUAAACAGUCUCUUUGCACAAAUGAGAUGGUCAUGACCUGCUAAGUGCAAAGAAAGCCAAUGUUCAAUAUAAUUAGUUGUCAUUUUUGUGUCCUGGACGCCUCAGAUACUCCAUAUAACAUUAUUUACAAAUGCAUUAUAAUAUCCCUGCAUUCUAAGAGUACCUCCAGGCUCGUAAAAGUACCCGUAGAAAUCCCCAGAAAGCCUUGUCAAAUGUGUGAGCUUGACCCCUGAAAUUUAAUGUGGUCCUGGACGCCUCAGUUACUCCAUAUAACAUUAUUUACGAAGGCAUUAUAAUUCCCCUGCAUUCUGAGAGUACCUCCAGGCUCGUAAAAGUACCCAUAGAAAUCCCCAGAAAGCCUAGUCAAAUGUGUGAGCUUGGCCGCUGAAAUUUAACGUGGUCCUGGAUGCCUCAGUUACCCGAUAUUACCUUGUCAUUAUUUACCCCAAAGGAGGUGUAGGGUGAGGAUGAGUCUGGGCGGGGUGAAAGGUGGUGUGGGAGUGCUCAGGGACGGGUGUGGCAGUGAUCAAACCAUGUGAUAAUUUUGUGGGUGAUUAUUACUUUAUUUUUUUAUUAAGAGACGUGGGUGUGAUUUUCAUGAGAGCAAGUCAGGUUUUUUAUUUUUAUCAUCAUUAUUGUCGUAACUGUUAUGAUAAGCAGGAUUUUAUUACUUACUUAUACCAGUGCAUGUCUGUCUGUCUGUAUGGAGAACAACAAAGGUUACCAAGAAUUCAGUUCCUUGCCAUUUUUUUAGGUACUUUAAUAACUAACAUUUUAUUUUAGUGAUGAAAUACGUAACAUUCAUUAGUAGUCAUAAUUAAAAAUUGUAUGUGUGUAUGGGUCAGGGGAACACACACACACACACUUGCAAUUCCUUCUCAUAAUUAGGUAAACACACACACACACACACACACACACACACAAUUCCUUCUCAUAAUUAGGUAAACACACACUCACUCACACACACACACACACUCAUAUUACGAAGUGCUUGAUGAGGUUUUCGCCAAGUUACUUCCUCCUGUGUCAAGUCUUGCAGAAGAGAGUGGGACAAGAGUCACUUCACAGCCUCCAUUGGUCAAGCUGGAACACACUCACUCACACACUCAUAUUACGAAGUGCUUGAUGAGGUUUUUGCCGAGUUACUUCCUCCUGUGUCAAGUCUUGCAGAAGAGAGUGGGACAAGUCACUUAACAGCCCUCAUUAGUCAAGCUGGAAGGCAUUACUAUAUCUAGAGUUUGGGGGAAAUUUUGCAUCAUUAAGUUUCAUUCAGCACCAAAGUUCAGGUUCAUUUCACUACUAAUAUCUUAACAUCUUAGGCAGUGAUAAUUCAAUGCUGUGAUGGACCAAGAAUAGCCCUGUUAUAUAUGAUCAUUUGACUUGGGUAUGUUAAGAUUUCCGUUUCUUUUUUAGUGUUGAUUUCCAUUGCCGUUCGUAACACCCAACACCACAUGUCUUAUACCAUAGUGUGUGUGCGCAAUAGUUAUUCCUGCCAUCAACACCUCAUCCAUAUCUUUUGUUUUGGGUGUAGAGAAAGUAUUGGUGUGGAUAACUGCUGAUUGAAAAGGUCACAUAAUAUCUAACCUUUUCCACCCUCAAUUUAUACCAUACUGUGUGUGUAAUAAUUCCUACUGUCAACUCCUUCAUAUCUUUUGGUAUAGAAAAUAUUUGUGUGGUGAAUUGCUGAUUGGGAAGGUCACAUAUUUAACCUUUUCUUUCCUGUUUAUAUCUUAGUUUGUGUAAUAAUUCCUAACAUCAACAAAUCACCCCAAUCUUUUGUUUUGGUAUAGAAAGUAUUUGUGUGGUGAACAGCUGAUUGGGAAGGUCACAUAUGUAACCUUUUCUUUCCUCUGUUUAUAUCUUAGUUUGUGUAAUAAUUCCUAACAUCAACAACUCACCCCAAUCUUUUGUUUUGUUUCUCAUAACUUUUUGUGAAUGGAAAUGUGACCCAGACUAACCUUGACACCACACAAGAACACAUGGGCAUUAGUUAAGACUCAUUUUAUGCCCUAGAGAGCCUGUAACAACAGUCAUAUUGUAUCUAGAAGCACUCCACCCUAACACUCUCUAACCACCUCCUCACAAGUUCUCAUGAAUGGAAAUGUGACCCAGACUAACCUUGACAUCACACACACAUACAUGGGCAUUAGUUAAGACUCAUUUUAUGCCCUAGAGAGCCUGUAACAACUGUCAUAUUGUAUCUAGAAGCACUCCACCCUAACACUCUCUAACCACCUCCUCCUCACAAGUUCUCAUGAAUGGAAAUGUGACCCAGACUUACCUUGACAUCUCACACACAUACAUGGGCAUUAGUUAAGACUCAUUUUAUGCCCUAGAGAGCCUGUAACAACUGUCAUAAUGUAUCUAGAAGCACUCCACCCUAAUGCUCUUUUUUUUCCUCCUUCUCAUAACAUAUCAUGAAUGGAAAUUUGACCCAGACUUACCUUGACAUCACACAUACACUUGGGCAUUAGUUGGACUUAUUCUAUGCCCUAGCGAGCUUGGAAUAACUCAUAUUGUAUCUAGAAAUACUCCACCCUAAAGAUCUUUUUUCCUUCCUUCUCAAAACUUCUCUUGCAUGGAAAUGUGACCAAGACUUGACAUCACACACACACACACACAUUCUCUGUAUGAGUGUGGCAUGAGGUUCCAGCCAUACCCAAAGAACUGUCACCAGGGCUCCAAGCUCAUUUAGGAAGGGUACUGGCUCACGAUUGCAAGCCCAGCACGUGAUCAGACCAUGGUGCGUCAAACACACACAGCUUUGAUGAAAUUGCCUCUGUUAGUAUUUUCUGUUGUAUCAUGGGUGAACUAGAUGCUUCUCUGCUACUCAAAGAACUUAAACACAAUCUCUCUUUCAAGGUGUUAAGUGAGGGUGUGGUGUGCAUGAGUCCAAUCCCAAACAUUUCUUAUCUUCCCUCAAACACAGUUAUUUAAGUCCUCAGUAAUGAUACUUUGGUUUAGUGGAGGGAAUUCAGUUUUAAUUUGCUGUGAAACAAAUGAGUUGAAAUUCUCUCUUUAUGUUCUUAUGAGAACCACCUGAGCUGAACUCAAGUCUCAAAACAAUAUGACCUGUAAUGUUUGCCUUGACUUAACAUGUAAAACUUUUCGUAUUACCUACAAACUUCUGAAGCAUAGUUUUCACCAAUCACUCCCCUGUAAACAAGCUUGAAGGGUCAGCAAUCAUGGCAUUACCGAGAUCUUGGGACAUGAGAGGUUGCGGCUUGUUUCACAGUCUAUCUGAUCACCCGUUUCCAGCCUGUGUAUGCCUCAAGCACUAUAACAACACUACAUACACUGCUAAUUCUUCACGUUGCUACACCACAAGUCAGUCCCUGGUGGUGUGUGUGUGGGUGUGCGUGCAGUGUAUCCCACAAGCUCUACAUUCCAGUCUCAAACGCUUCAUUUACCUCAGAACUGUUGACACCAGGCUCCCAAUGGUACUGUGAAUUACCUUUGAUUCUGCACAACUCAUUCUUGAGAGUAAUGAACCAUUUGAUCAUGUUUUUUUUAAGUAUGUAUGUCUGUGGUUUCCUUUGUAAUAGUUGACACACACAGCUGACUGGCGCGUAGGGAAUGAGUUCAGUCGCGUCGUGUUAUUCAGCUUUCUCCUCGGGCUCGCCGUGGGCCCAGGAGGUUUGAUUUUUUUUUCUAAUCCCCAAACAACUCCCUUCAGUGUUGAAAAUUACUGUCAGUUAUUUUAUAUAUAUGCCAUUGAGUAAAAAUAUAAAAAUUUAA